AUGACUCACGAUUCACUGUCGAAUCCAGCACUAAAUGUCGACGAAACUGCCGUCCAGCCGGGACGAGAUGAUCUUUUGGAAUGCAGGUCCAAUCAUGUUGUCCAGCCUGACUCAUCUGCGAUUGGGCGCAAGCGGUCGGCUUCUGUACCUGCCCAGUUCCCCUCGCCACGUGGCGCCUGGCGCCGAGACCCGAUCACACUCACCAGCGGACCGAUGUGCUGUUGGUACGGCGUCGAGGCGUGUCGGUGGACGAGUCGAAGCCGCGUCGUCGUCGGUCGCGUCGUCGGUCGCGACUCGUCCUCUCGUCCACUUGGCCGUGGCCGAAAGACAGUCAGUCAGACGAACCAACCGAGUCCUCAAGUGACGCCGAAUCGUCAGCUCGGGCCAACAGCGCCGGUUCGGACCAAGACCCAACUGGGCGUGGUGCAGAAGCGCCCAGAAGCCGCGAACACUCGAAAGUACCAAAUCGUGGCGGUCAGCUCUUCUGGCGUAUCUGCAAACAGGCAAUACCACAAGCCAGGCCAGAGGGUUAGGGUGAAGAAGAGAAAACAAGAAUAUUAG